AUGGGAAAUUGUUAAAGCCAUUGUUAUCAAAAGAGUAUUAGUUAAGUUAAUAGUGUUGAUUGUUCAAAAUUAAUUAUUCAUGUGAAAACAUGGCAAAAAGAAGCGUUCUCAUUAUUUGAUUAUGAGAAUGCUGCAAAUGUUUAAGAACAAACUUUUUAGGUAAUAAUUUUAUAUAAAACUAUAGAUAAAUUCUGAAGGUUAUUUAGUUGGUAGAAAUUAAGUGGAAUGGACAGAAAAUGAAUCUAUCAUAAAGGAUUAAUUGUGUAAAAUAAAGAAAAAAAAUGAAAACUAUUAUCUAAUAAAUUCCAACGUUAUAAAUGAAGAUUAGAAAUCAGCAAUUUAAGAAAAUGAAGAAUGUCAUACUAUUGGAAAUAAGUAAUAAUUGUUAUUUAAUUUUUUAGAACUGUGUCUGGUAAAAUAGGUAAUAAAAUUUGGAAGGUAAUUCAUGAAAAUGGAAUUUCCUUAAAGGAAGGAGAUAUUAUUAAAUUGGGAAGAGUUAAAUUUACAAUUCGAUCAAUAGUUUUAGAUGUUCAACAUGUUAAAUCAAUUUUAGAAUUUGAAUCUCAAUAAUCUAAUAUCUCUGAUUAAUAGAUGUGUAGAAUCUGUUGUUCUUCUUAAUAAACUAUAAAGAAUCCACUCUUAAAUCCUUGUAAAUGUAAUGGAUCAAUCAAAUACAUACAUUUAGAAUGUUUAAAGACUUGGCUUAGAAUGAAACUAGAAAAUCGAUAAAGUGAUAAUUGUAUUGUUUAUCUAUGGAAGAACUUAGAAUGUGAACUAUGUAAAUUUAAUUUUCCACCCAAAUUUAAAAGUGAUGAUGCUUAUUAUGAUUUAAUUGAAUUAAGUAAACCUAAUGAUUAUCCUUAUUUAAUGAUGGAAUUUACCAAUAAAUAAGUAUUUUUCAAUUCAAUUAUAUUAAGGGCUAAUAAAUUGAAUGGAAUAAUAGUUCUGGUAUUUAUAUUGUCAGAUUCUCGAAUUCAAAAGAACUAAAACUUGGAAGAUCUAAUGAUACAGAUGUUAGGGUUAAUGAUAUUUCUGUUAGCAGAAAUCAUGCUAAACUUUUAGUUUAAGACAAUUAAGUGUAUCUUUUUGAUAAUCAUUCUAAAUUUGGCACUUUAUAACAAAUAAGAGAAGAAAAAUUAUAAAUUUAAAGAGGAAUGGAAGUACAAAUUGGCAGAAGCCUAAUUUCAUUUUAAUGA